ACUGCUCACUUCUCUGCAGCCUUACGAAGACCAACAUCACGGCUGUUUAUGUGAGGGCUUGGUCCUGCAAGAACUGCUUAGAAUUAAGGACACACCAGAUAAAGAGCAAAGGAACUGACAUUUCUGCUUGGGGAUUUUAAAGUCUGCAUUAUGACUGGUAUUUUCUCACCAGAAGCAGAGAACACUUGCUGCUCCUGACAAAGAAGCGAGAGAAGCGAAACGGCGACAGUCAGACACUCGUGAUCUCCAGUCGCUCUAAGCAGAGUCAUGCCUGUGGUGAAAGUGGAGAGCGAUUCUCCCUCUGAAAGCACUCUUCCGGUGAACGGCGGUCAGAGAGGUCGCCGGAGGAAGAGGCCCUUACAGCGAGGCAAGCCUCCGUACAGCUACAUCGCUCUGAUCUCAAUGGCCAUCGCCAACUCGCCCGACCGCAAGCUCACUCUGGGGGGCAUCUACAAGUUCAUCACGGAGAGGUUUCCUUUCUAUCAAGACAACUCCAAGAAAUGGCAGAACUCCAUCCGCCAUAACUUGACCCUCAACGACUGUUUCGUCAAGGUGCCCCGAGAGCCCGGCCGACCCGGCAAGGGCAACUACUGGGCGCUGGACCCCAAUGCCGAAGACAUGUUCGAGAGCGGCAGCUUUCUACGGCGGCGAAAGCGAUUCAAACGCAGCGACUUCACGACGUACUCGGCGUACGUGCACGAGUCUCCCGUCUUCUCCCCGGUCCAGGUCACGCGCUCGGUCUACUCCAACAUGAGCCCGGCGUCCGCCUUCUACCAGUCGUCCUCUCCGAGCUUCAGCGCCGGUCAGUCCAGGGUCUUCAGGAUCAACUCUCUCAUCGGCUCAGAGAUGAUGCCUCAGCAGUCCUGCCGCAGCUUCAGUCCUGAGAGUCUGGGAGGACCGGGCUUCCAGCAUCAGUCCUGCAGCUCCAGCUCCUCCAACAACAUGGCCUUUGCGUACUCCAGCCCAGGACAUGGACAAGCUCAGGGAUCGUAUCCUCAAGGCGGCAGCCAGGCUUACGGGCCGACUGGAAGGAUGGCCGUCUCCAGUCUGUCUCCCAUCGCUGGAGAUGCUGUCGGAGACCCAUACGGCAGAACCUCUCCUGCGCAGCUGGGCUCUUUCGUUCAGUACAAUAACUCUGGUGCAGUAGGAAGCUCAGGAGCCUACAUCAGGCAUCCAGCUUACUCAGGUAACAUGGACAGGUUCGUGUCUGCCAUCUAAACAAUGUUCUCCUCUGCGAGAACCGCAGGCACACGGGAACAUUUGGAGAGUAAAUAUGAAAACCAUUAACUGUGAUAUUUAAACUGGUGUUGCUAUUGUUUUAUUGUGAUUCCAUCAGUGGAUUGAAAUGUUAAUAACCUCAAUCGACACAUGUACAGACCUUUCCUAUUACAACACCGCAAAAAAGCACAAAAUGCUCAAGUUAAAGGCAAAUGUUUACAAGGAUCAAACUUUUUUUGUUGUUUUUUUUAGGGAUCUUUUUUUAUUACUUGAGUGAAAUGUGUUCUUUGUAUAUGCUUUUCUUAUUACCAUCUGUGUAAGUGUAAAUGCUUCCUUUUACUUUUAAUUGAAAUAAGUUACUACAUCUACUUAAUUCAGUGAUAUAAAAAUGUUUUUACGA